UACAGUGCCUUGUUGCAAUACCUUGUUAACUAACCUUCAGAAAGCCGUGACAGUACCUUGACACUAAACAAAUCCAGAAAUUGCCCCCAAUGAAUCUUUCAUCAGAGAACGCACAAUCUUGAGAGCUUUAAUAGCUUUUAUUCUUUCUUUUUUUCUUUCUUUUUUAAAGUCUCCUUAUUCAUGAUCUAGCCAUGGAAAGUCUCAGCAGAGAAUAAACAAGCCAAAGCGACUGAAGGCAGGGAAGAACUGAAGGCAGGGAAGUGAAGUGUUUUGAAGGGAGAAAAAUCCAUACUUGGCUGCUGAGAAUUCAUACUUGGCUGCUGUUGACAUCUUUUGGUUGUGCUAUGGAAGAGAAGUCCUCACAAGACUUCCUCUUCAGAGACCAGGAUUUCUCCAGCGAACUGCUAAAGCAGCUAAAUGUCUUGCGGCAAAACAAAAUUCUAACUGAUGUUGUUCUAUGUACAAGCGACAUUGAAAUUCCUUGCCACAGGAACGUUCUUGCCUCAAGCAGCCCGUACUUCAAGGCCAUGUUUUGUAACAACUUCAGGGAGAGCCAUCAGGAAAAAGUCAACCUCCAAGGUGUUAACUCAAGCAUUCUCCAUUGCAUUAUCCUUUAUGUCUACACGGGAGAGAUAGUCAUGACAUCAGAAAAUAUUUUGUAUUUAAUGGAAACUGCUUCCAUGCUCCAGUACACAAAACUAUUUGAGGCCUGUUCAGCCUACCUCCAGGACCAGCUUACCCCAGAUAACUGUCUCAGCUUGAUUAGGCUCUCAGAAAUCUUGCACUGUGAGAAUCUCAACAAGAAAGCCAAAGCAGUGGCUCUGAAAUAUUUCCCGGAGGUAGCCACUUCUGAAGACCUGAAAGAACUAUGUCUCUUGGAGUUGAUAGACUAUCUUGGAGAUGAUGAGCUGUGUGGAGAGGAGGAACAGGUUUUUGAGGCUCUCAUGACUUGGGUAAGGCAUGACCUCCAAGCAAGACAAAGUUAUAUUCAAGACUUGUUCAAGAAGGUAAGGCUUCAGUAUGUCCAUCCAACCUUUUUCUUCCAUUUCAUUGCCAAUGACUCUCUCAUUCAGUCAUCUCCCGCUUGUAGAGGUAUGCUAGAACUGGCAAAUAGGCAGAUGUUUUCAUUGUAUAGUGUCAGUGCUCCUGGAGUCAAACCCAUGUGGCAUGUUCCUCGGAGAUAUUCAUAUCAGGAAUUCCUUCUCUUGGUUGGCGGCCGGAAAGACAAUCAACAGACAACAAGAGAUGUCUUGCUGUAUGAUGAGAAGACAAGCCAAUGGUUGAGCCUUGCCAAAUACCCAUCACGUCUCUACAAGGCCUCUGCAGUGAGCCUACACAGCAAUGUUUAUCUCCUUGGAGGCAUUUCCAUAGGGAACGAGAAAAACCAAGUCAGUAACCAUGUGUAUAUCUUCUCACUUAAACUUAACCAGUGGAGGCUAAUAGAAUCCAUGCUAGUUCCACGCUAUUCCCACAGGAGUGUUGCUUAUAAAAACUUUAUCUUUGCCAUUGGAGGCAUUGGGAAAAACCAAGAAAUCCUAAAUUCCAUGGAAAGGUAUGACAGCAUCUACAAUGUUUGGGAGCAUAUGGCAAACAUGCCAAUCGCUGUUCUUCAUCCUGCUGUGUCUGCCAAAGACCAAAGAAUCUAUCUCUUUGGAGGGGAGGACAUGAUGCAAAAUCCUGUCCGAUUAAUACAGGUAUACCAUGUAUCUAGGAACAUGUGGUUCCGAAUGGAGACAAGGAUGGUGAAGAACGUCUGUGCACCAGCAGUUCUGAUCGGUGACAGGAUUUAUAUUGUUGGAGGGUACACCAGGCGUGUAAUUGCUUAUGAUACUAAGGUCAAUAAAUUUGUGAAGUGUGCAGACAUGAAGGAAAGAAGGAUGCACCAUGGGGCCACAGCAAUCAAUGAGAAGCUGUAUGUGACAGGAGGUCGUUGCCUUACCAUUGACAAUGCCAUCGAAGACUCUGAUUCUCUUGAAUGCUAUGACCCCAAAUUGGACACCUGGGUUUCAAAGGGGCAAUUGCCACACAAACUCUUUGACCAUGGAUGCCUUGCGCUGCAGUGUGUACCAUAUGCCAACCUCUUGUGAGGACAGAACUUAAGGGAAAUGAAUCUUCUUUUCUCAGUGCAAAAGGCCCAGAUUACUAACUUUGUGGAAGAUACUGGUAAAGGCUUGCUAUGGAAGCCACCAAAAAGGAUCUGCAAAUAGGAUACACAAGGUACCAGUUGAUUUCUUCUUCUGGGUCCAAUGUUCUGCUCUGUCAUGAGGAAAAAUGAGGUGUUUGCCUCAGGUGGCAAAUUUGGAGUGAAAUUAAGGGACAGUAAAUGGUUUAUCAUUUCAUUUUAUAAUCUUUAUGUUAGGGAGAUUAUUUAUAUUUUCUGUCUCAAACAUCAAAAGUACUGUACUCUUUGUUCAGCCUUCUGUGGACAUUCCUCCCAACUUCAGAAAGUCAUUCUGAGUAGAGGUGAUGCACAAAACAAGAUCAGACAUUGUCUCAUCAGUUCUUUUAGCCAGUCUUUGUAGGUAUGACCUUAGGGAGUCCUGGUGGCACAGUAGUUAAAUGUCUAUACUGCAGCCACAAGGUUGUGAGUUCGAUCCCAGGCAGAGCUCCAAGGUCCACUCAGCCUUCCAUCCUUCCAUAGGUUGCUAAAAUGAGUACCCAGCUUGUUGGGGGCAAUUACCUUACACAUUGUAAACCGCUUAGGGAGUGCUUAGUUCACUGAUAAGCGUUACAGAAAUGUACUUGUUAUUGCUAUUGCCAUUGCUAAAUAAGUGUUCUUGUUUAGAAACUGCCCUCUACAGUGGGCCCUCCCUAUCAGCAGGCUUUUGAUCCACAUAUUUGACAGCCUGCAGAUCAUCAUGGCCCCAUAUUACUCAGUGGUGGUAAUGCAAACAUGCACAUGAUGAAGUGUGUGCAUUCUCAUUGCCAUAACUGAAUAAUAUAAGACACAAUCACCCACAUUUUUUUAGCAUCGGCAAGGGAACCUGGAACCAAACCCCUACUUAUACAGAGGGCCCAUUGUUCUAACUUUAAAGAAGCUUUGCUUUUUAUAUUACAUUUAUCAGUGCAGUAAAGUAUCAUAGGAAUGGAAAAUUAGAGCACCAUCCCAUACCCUGGUUCCACUCCUCUGAUGAGCCUGUUUGAAAAUGGGCAUUGGUAGGCUAUGGUCCAGCUCUGAAAGUGGAGAAAGAGUUGGUGGGCCCAGGCAUGGAAGGAGAUAGAGUAGCGUUUAAGAUGUACCUCGUGAAGGCAGAAGAGCCAUUUGGAGGCAUGGACCAACUCUGAUAGAAAAGGAAGAACUGGUGGGACCUGGAAUGAAAGGGAGAGACAAUAACAGUUUGAGAUCAGACUAAAAAAAAGCAGAUCUGCUGAGCAGAGAGAACACAGUAGUAGACUGGGGGAUGGCAGCACCUAGUGAGGCCAGUCUCAGACAUGCUGUCACAUCAGGAACCUGUUUGUUCUGUUCCCUUGCCUCACUUUUCAGUCUCCUUCCCUCCCCUCUGGAGGAUUUAAAGCUUUUCACUUUGAGCUUCACCAGGAGCCUGUCUUCCUUACCAUCAGGCAUUUAUAUGUAGGAAUGGUUCUCAGGGCAGUGUUUUCUUUGUACCAUAAUGUGUUUAUCAUUGUAAUGCAUUUCUCAUUUCCUUUUGACUAAACAGAGCUGACAGAAUUAUGAAAUAAACUGAUGCAAAGAUAAAUAUGUA